CGCAUCUUCUGGUUAAACGGGAUGGCUGGCACGGGCAAGACAACCAUCUCAAUCAGCCUAGCGGACUACACACGCGAUAAGGGAUUGUUUCGUGCUGGCUUUUUCUGCUCUCGCGAUUUCGACGAGACCAGAGAUAUCAAGCGCAUAUUCCCCUCUAUCGCCUACCAACUUUCUCUUGGCAUACCCGAAUAUGGGGAGAAACUCAUCGACGUUCUCGCGAAGCCUUUUGCUACUUUCGGGGCACUUGAAACCCAGCUCCGAAAACUCAUUAUCGAACCUAUGGCCCAGGCGAGCAUAUCUAUAGAGCGUCGAGGACUACAUGUCAUCAUUAUAGACGCACUCGACGAAUGC